GCUUAUCUCCUUCAAAAUAAACCCAAUAAUUUGAUUAGUAUCAUCCUCCUCCAACCCUUCUCUGUUCCUCUCAUCCCAUUCAUGGGAGGAACACAUCUUGAUUUAACAUUGUAAGUUUUUGAGAAGCCCGGCCCCCGCCUUUUCCUUCUGGAAAAGCAAUCGCAGGGCUCUCAAGAACUAAUAAAAAAUAUUUAGAAAAGUUCAAAGAGAAGAGAAUAUAGAAAAGAAAAGGAUUCUCUUGUAGUUUUUCUCCAUUUUCUCAUUCUUUAGGCCGUGUGAUUCGAACAACAUGGCCGACGUGUCUCUAGAAGAGAUCAAGAAUGAGAAGGUGGACCUUGAGAAAAUACCCGUGGAUGAAGUGUUCGAGCAGUUGAAAUGUACGAGGAAAGGGUUGACGAGCGAGGAGGGCGAGAAGAGGCUCCAGAUCUUCGGGCCCAACAAGCUCGAGGAGAAGCAAGAGAACAAGUUCCUCAAGUUUUUGGGGUUCAUGUGGAACCCUCUCUCAUGGGUCAUGGAGUCUGCAGCUAUCAUGGCCAUCGUAUUAGCCAAUGGAGGAGGCAAGCCCCCAGAUUGGCAGGAUUUCGUCGGUAUCGUCGUCCUGUUGAUCAUCAAUUCCACCAUUAGCUUCAUCGAAGAAAACAAUGCUGGCAAUGCUGCUGCUGCUUUGAUGGCCAAUCUCGCCCCCCAAGCUAAGGCACUGAGGGAUGGGAAAUGGCAAGAGGUGGAAGCAGCAGUGUUGGUUCCAGGAGAUGUGAUCAGCAUCAAACUGGGCGAUAUCGUCCCAGCUGAUGCGCGUCUCUUGGAAGGAGAUCCUCUGAAGAUUGAUCAAGCUGCACUGACCGGAGAAUCUCUUCCUGUGACGAGGAGUCCCGGUGAUGAAGUCUUCUCCGGCUCAACUUGCAAGCAAGGUGAGAUUGAUGCCAUCGUGAUCGCCACUGGUGUGCAUACCUUCUUUGGCAAGGCUGCUCAUCUGGUUGAUAGCACCAACAAUGUUGGCCACUUCCAACAGGUGUUGACAUCGAUCGGUAACUUCUGUAUCUGCUCGAUUGCGGUGGGUGUGAUCAUCGAGAUUAUCGGGAUGUAUUUCAUUCAACACAGGCAGUACAGAGCAGGAAUUGACAACCUGUUGGUGCUUCUCAUUGGAGGGAUCCCGAUCGCCAUGCCCACAGUUUUGUCCGUGACAAUGGCUAUCGGGUCUCACCGGCUCUCAGAGCAAGGCGCCAUCACUAAGCGAAUGACUGCCAUUGAAGAAAUGGCUGGCAUGGACAUACUCUGCAGUGACAAAACUGGGACACUCACCCUUAACAAGCUUACAGUCGACAAAUCCCUCAUUGAGGUGUUCCCAACGAGAAUGGAUGCCAACCACCUAAUCUUACUUGCUGCCAGAGCUUCCAGAGUCGAAAACCAGGACGCCAUUGAUGCCUCGAUUGUUAAUAUGUUGAGCAAUCCCAAAGAAGCAAGGGCAGGGAUCAAUGAAGUCCAUUUCUUGCCAUUCAACCCUGUUGAAAAGCGGACUGCAAUCACUUACUACGACAGCGAUGGCGAAUGGCACAGGGCAAGUAAAGGCGCACCUGAGCAAAUCAUUGAACUCUGUGAUCUCAAAGGGGAAGUCAACAAGAAGGCUCACAAGAUCAUUGCCGACUUCGCCGAUCGCGGCCUUCGUUCUUUGGCUGUUGCUUAUCAAACUAUUCCAGAGAAGAAUAAGGAAAGCGCAGGAUCAGAAUGGGAAUUCGUGGGGCUGCUGCCACUCUUUGAUCCUCCAAGGCAUGAUAGUGCAGAAACAAUCCGACGAGCGCUUGAACUUGGAGUUAGUGUCAAGAUGAUUACCGGCGACCAGCUUGCUAUUGGGAAAGAGACCGGCCGACGCCUUGGCAUGGGCACAAAUAUGUAUCCUUCAUCUGCCCUCCUCAGCGACAACAAUGGAUCCUCCAUGAACAUCGACGAGCUCAUCGAGAAGGCUGAUGGGUUUGCCGGAGUCUUCCCUGAGCACAAGUACGAGAUCGUGAGGAGGCUUCAAGACAGACAACACAUCGUCGGUAUGACCGGAGACGGAGUUAACGAUGCUCCAGCACUAAAGAAGGCCGACAUAGGAAUCGCCGUUGAUGAUGCUACCGACGCUGCUCGCAGUGCCUCGGACAUCGUCUUGACGCAGCCAGGGCUGAGUGUCAUCGUUAGUGCUGUCCUUACAAGCAGGGCCAUCUUCCAGAGGAUGAAGAACUACACCAUCUAUGCAGUUUCCAUCACAAUCCGUAUCGUGUUUGGAUUUCUCCUGGUUGCCUUGAUCUGGAAGUUCGACUUCUCUCCUUUCAUGGUUCUGAUCAUCGCCAUCCUAAACGAUGGCACGAUUAUGACCAUCUCGACGGACAGGGUGAAGCCUUCCCCGGUGCCCGAUUCAUGGAAGCUCAAUGAGAUCUUCGCCACUGGGAUUGUUCUUGGGUCUUAUAUGGCCAUUAUGACAGUCUUCUUCUUCUGGCUUGCUGAGGACACCGAUUUCUUCACGGAACGAAAACAGAGACUGAAGUUCGCAUUUUUGUUGCAGAACACAUUUGGAGUGAAAUCAAUUAGAGGAAGUCAUGAAGAGCUUACAGCAGCACUUUACCUGCAAGUCAGCAUUAUCAGCCAGGCUCUCAUCUUCGUCACCAGAACACGAGGCUGGUCCUUCUCUUACUCCGAACGCCCCGGGAUUUGGCUCGUCGUCGCCUUCCUGAUUGCCCAAUUGGUGGCCACCAUAAUUGCCGUCUACGCGAAAUGGGACUUCGCCGGAAUCGCCGGAAUCGGAUGGAGAUGGGGCGGAGUCAUCUGGCUGUUCACCAUCGUCACUUACAUUCCUCUCGACAUCUUGAAGUUCCUCAUCCGCUUCGCGUUGACAGGGGAGGCCUGGGAAAAUUAUCUCGAGAACAAGACGGCUUUCACGACGAAGAAGGACUUCGGCAAGGGCGAGAGGGAAGCUCAAUGGGCGGAAGCACAGAGAACACUCCACGGGCUUAAGAAAACAGAGUCUCCGACCGCCGCUGCCGCCGCCGAUAUGCACCGGUACAGCAAUGCGGUGUAGGUGAAGAUGGCGGGAGAUUUAAAGUGGAGGAGGAGAAGGAGGGAAAAACAAAAUUUGUGGGGAUUUUGGAUUGUUUAGUGAAAAAUGGAAAAAAAGAGGUUAAAUUUGAAGAGAGAUCAUUCCAAGCUAUAUUUAAAAUAUUAUUAAUUUUUCUUAUUUUUGCUUUUGAGAUAUUGAAAGUAAAAUUAAUAUUUGGUUUAGUUCUGAUUUUGAAGAGUUUUCAAUUUUCAUUCAUGUUAGGUCAUGGAUGGUUGGGUAGGGUCUUGCAGCUCAUGGGAGGCUGAGAAUGUAGAUGUGGAAAUUGGAGAAUUUAAUAACAAAAAAAGGACUAAUUACAAAAUUGACAAUAUCAUAUGUCCUCACUUUCAAUGUUUUGAUUUUCUCCCAAUAUCUUGUUGGCAAAAAUAAUGUAAGCAAUGAAAAUUUAUGUGAAUUGAGUUAUUGGAUAUUUGGAUUGGAC